UCCUGUGAGCCUCAGGGUGUGUUACCUGGCCCGGGCAGAUUCCGCCUGCAUGUCAGCUUUUCUUACCCUGGGAAAAAAAAAUUCUAUGGCAUCUCUGUUAGUCUGCAGGGGUUAGCUCAGAAAGUUUCUUAUUUUAGCUUGCCACACAUUAAUUAGGCGGUGGAGAUCUGAGGAGGGGACAGGUUUACCUCACAGAGGCGGAGGAGUUCUGAAAGGCUUCAUUCAUGAAAGGCUUCAUUGCAGCGGGCUGCUUUUGACUCGGUUAUUCACGAAACAGCUGGGAAGGCAGCAGAAGCAGUGUAAACAUGUCUGAGACCCCCGAGGAGCAGCCGAGUACUGGGGUCUUGGGUCGUAUUGGGAGCUGGUUUUCUCCGUGGAGGGGAAAGGGUCCUAAAAGUCCUUCUGAAAAUGACUCCCCGACUUCCGACCAGGUUUUUAAGUCAGAGGGAGAAGAGGAGGAGAGUGAGGAUUCUCUGAGACGCAAAGCAAGGGGAGAAGAGCAGCUCUCCAGAAACAUUUUCCUCUUUGAAGGCGAGGACGCCACGCAGUCUGCCCGCAGAGUCAGCUCCGUUGUGAGCAGCACUGAGACAGCCGGAGGAGGUCCAAAUGAGGAGGAGUUUGUUGGGUGGAGGAAGGAGAGAACAGGGCAGGGCAAAGACAGGGAGGAGAGCAGCAACGGUACUUCAGAGAGCGGGAAUCCUGAGAGGAAUGCCAGCCAUCUGACACAUCUCUCUUCUCUUCCUGAGCGGGGAGUGUUGUGGGACUCUGACCGAGCCCACGCCCAGCCUCAGGCCCAGAGACAAGCACAGGCCCAGACAGGCAAAAGGCUCCAUGUGUACCUGGAGGAGACCAGCGUGAGUCACUGUGGCAAAGACACACACAGUGCCGGACAGGAAGUGGUCACUAGAAUCAAGACAAGCCUACAGGUUCGACCCAAGGCAAAGUCAACAGAGAGUUUUGAUCCGCCAGACAGCGCAAGUUCAACAAGUACAGAGAACAAAAGGACAAAUGUAACGCCUGCGAUUGGGGCACAGAGUUAUUACAGUGCCCUAGUGGGAGUGUCACUGAAAUCACACAAAGACACACAGUUAGAUCCUGAACCUGAUCAAAAACAAACAGAAGACGACACUAUGGGGCGGAAAAACUCAGCCAAAAGAAGAUUCAGGAAGAAUUCUCAGGGAGAUGGCAGGAACAGCCCUCAGCAGGAACAAAACCCUCCCAGCGCUGUCACAGAGGGAAUCCCUACGUCCGACCAGGCAGUGACCAGCCCUCAGGGCGAAAGUCCAAACACUCACACGGGAGAGUCGUCUCUAAACUCCUCCUCUAGACUCAGCCCCUCCCCUCUGGGCUCACCUGAAGGAGGAGAAGGUAAGACUUCCUGUCCUGAUUCUGUCGCCCAGCUGGAUGAAUUCCAGGACUCAAGCUCCACUGUCACAGCAUCCACUGUGGCGAGUGUGGUGGAUGGAGGCGCAAACAUGGAGGACGACAGUCUUUACAAAGUUGAGAGGAAAACAGAGACGCCGGAGUCCAAACGCAGGAGUCUUAAGGUUUCUCGCAGUGAGGUGAAGUUUUUCCCCAAAAACAUACCUUUGAAGCAAGUUCCAACGGAGGACACGCAGGAUUUUAGGUCAAUGCUUAAGAACACCAAAGAUGAAGCAAAGAAUAAAGCCAAAACAGAGACUGAUUCAAGACAACACAACCUUAAGAAAAUUGAUGAGGAACCUAAGCCAGUCGUUGGCCGGAUCACCGAUAAAAUCAGCCUCUUUGAGGGCCCUACAGUCGGCGUCAGCAAGUCGACCUUUCAAACGCAGAGGAAUGCCGAUGUUUCCCCAGUCAGGAAAGCCACAGAGCAGCUGAAAGCAGAUUUUUCAUUAUCCGACCAGAGGUCAAGAUCGACUGAACGUGAUGACACGCUCAGGUCCAGCUCUGCAUCGCCCGCCAGGGAGAAGCCGAUGACGAUCAAGGAGCGAAUGAAGAACUUCACAGACGCAUCCAAAGCAGGUGAAAGGGCAGAAAAGCCUCAAAAGCCAGUUAUGCCUAGAAUGCAUCAAAAAUCCACUUUAUCUGCUGCAUCAAAGUCACCAGAACUGGACGAUCAGGGUAAACAGGAUACUAAAGAGCAAAAGCAUACAGAUGUAAAAACAGAGAAAACUUCAAAACCAGAAGGACAAGAUACGACUGAUGCAGGGGUAAAGAUUAUCACUCCUAAAGAACGACCAAAUGAGUCCUCAACAAAGGACACAGUGGCCUCAAAAACAGUAGAUCAGGGUUCAAAACCUAAUAGUGCUGAAAAGGCUGCUGCAGCUAAAGGGUCAGGUGACUCUACAGAACUGACCAUCAGCCUCAGCCCACAGCCAAAAGGCAGAACAGGCCCCCGCUCUAAAAGAAAAAGUAAGGAGCCAACCAGUCCAAUGAGCCCAAACAUGGACUACAAACUAGAACACUCUACAACAGAACCAGAGGCCACAACUAUGAAACCAGAACCGGUGGGUGUUACAGAAAGGGCAUCUGCAUCCAAACAACCGGCAGAGGAGGUCAUACCACCAUGUGAUACAGCCGACAAGAAGACACCAGACAAACCGUCUUUGUCUGAUACCCAACAGAAAGCCUUGAAGAAUGAUUCAAAGGACUCAGGCAAACAGAAGAAACAGUCCGAUUCUUCUUUUAAAAAGGAGAAAAUUGACAAACCACUUGAAAGGCAGGGGGGAUUGGCUGAACCGUCUGAAAGCAAAGACAAAUUUGAUACUGAUGCUUGUAGCAGUGAAACAAAGUCUCCUGUUGAUAAGCAGUCUGUUAUUUUACCCCAAAAUGACAAAAAAGCAGGGGGUUUGUUCACCCAGGCCUCCAAGGACAGCAGGGAAAAGACAGCCCCCUCCCCCUCACCUGCAGCAGAAAGACCUAUUAAGAAACCUCCUUUGAAGGAGCAGGAGCCAACCGCUGAACAGCCCAAAUUAAAUAAAGACAUGUCAGUGCCAUCUGAACCAGAGAGGAAAGGAAAAGUAAAGGAACCCAAUCAAGGAGAGGCAGGACAAAAAGCGCAAUCCAAAACCAAGGACAAAGAACUAAUUGAGCAGGCUGAGAGUAAAGAAAGGGACAAAUUAAACAAUUUAGAAAGCAAAAAAACAAAACAGGCUAAGAGUAAAGAAAUUGACAAUAUAGAAAAGGCACAGAGCAAAACCACUAAACAGGGUGGGCGUAAAGAAGUGGAGACAUUAGAAAAGGAAGGGGGCGACAAAUACGAGCAGGCUCAAAGUAAAGAGGUGGGAAUAAAGGGGAGUGAGAAAACAAAUCAGACUAAGAAGAAAGAGGAGGAAAAAACACAGCAGCGCCUGCAGUCAGAUAAAAAUACCACAAAGACAGAGGGUUCCAACGGUGGGAAAGGUUUCCCAGGUACAGAUGGGGCGGCCUUUAGAAAAGAUGAAAGAAAGAAUGUUGAAAGAAAAGAGGAGACACAGCUCAUCAAAAACACAACAAAGCCGAAAACCAACCAACAGGAUUCAGCCUCUGAGUCUUCAGUAAAGACAUCAUCAGACGUCCGAGCUCAAACACAGCAUGACGGGCGGAACAAGUCUACACAAAAAGCUGGCGUUGGCACAAUCACUCUUGCCAAUGAAGCUGCAAGUGGGAUGGACAGUGAUAAAGGGCCGUUGAAGGGAGAGACGGCAACAAAUGUGCAAAAGAAGGCUGCAGAAAGCUCUGGAACAGACAGAGAGUCAGUGUUGACCGCAGCGGAUCCAAAGCCUAAUUUUGUAUCCGUGGAAAAAUCUGAAAACUCACUGGAUGACUCAUGUGCACAUGGUGCUAAUGAUGCUAUGCUCUCCAGCUCAAAGCCUAUUACCAGAGCAAAUACAGCUGAUGAGGAAGUGACUGUAAAAGCCAGCACUGACUCUCCAGCACUGAUUACUGCGCGGGCUGACAACACGGCAGAGGAGGAAAAGUCAGGAGGUAGUGAGAAAAAGAGAAAGGAUGUUACAGAGAAGAGUUCGGGUGUCAAAUCAGUGCCGUCAGAAGUCAAAAUCUCAGGAGAUUUUGCGAAACGUCCUGAGAGAAGCCCACUUAGUGAGGAAUCAGAAAAUACACAAAGCACAAGGGAUAUCACACCACUGAAGGGCGCAGAAAAAACAGCACAGAUGUCCUUGGAUAGCACUGCUUCAAACUCUACAGUCAAUGUGGUAGAGAAGACUGCUGAUAGAACAAUGCAGACACUAAAGAAUGAACUUUCUUCUGUUGCUAGUGGGGAAAUCUCCUCACAUCCACAACCCAAAACUGACAUAAAGCAACCAGUCAAUAGCAAGCCGGGUCAGACCGAAAAAGUACCAACUUCCCCAGAGUCAAAGAAGCUAAUCCAAGACUCAGUCCAGCGUUCACCCAUGAAGAAGCUCCAGUUUCCACGUGGACUAAGCAAAGAUGAUUCAGCAACAGGGCAAGACGCCCCCUCCAGCUGGCUGGAUGUGGACUUUCCAAAGCGGAAACUCAAAGUCUCCAUGGCUAAGCUGACCUCUGCCGGAAGUGAGAGUAACCUUCUGGACGCACCAGAUGACCUAGAUGAUGACGAUUUUGUCGAGAGAAUCAAGAAACUCUGCGCCCCGUUCUCCCUCCCACCACGUAGACACAACCCGUACGGGACACCUCAGCCACCUUUCGCCUUGCCUGCAAUCAAGGAGGACCGCUACGAGAAGACGUUUGACCCUGAAGAGUUUAAAUUUGGCUUGCGGAAGAAGAAGCAGUUCACCAUUGAUACGACCCCAAGCAGCUUAGCCAAACUACAGAACGCAGAGGAAAAAUCUGGCCUGAAACUGGCCAGGGCGAGUUUGGCCGACAGGAGCCUGCUGCUGAACAGCUUGGACACUCAUUCUCGCCUCAGGGAAAACACCCCCGUAAAUGAAGAGGAAGAAGUCAAGGAAGAGAAAGACGACCAAAUCAAGUGGAAGUCUCGCUUGGAGGGGAGCUGUGUCCUCAGCAGCCUGAGCUCCUCCAUCCUCAGGGGAAAGAGGAUUGGAUUUCAAACCCAGGGAGAAGGCACUAACUCUGGGGAGGUUUCACCUAGCGACUCACCCCACACUAGCCCUCCACCUUCAUCCCAGCCACCCCCACCAAGCCCGACUUCUGCAGCUCCACUCAAAGACACACUCGCAAAGCAGAGCCUGCUCCCGAGAAACAAAGAGGAAGACCAGGCCGGGGAGGCUGUGGUCAGUGACUCAGCCCCUCUACUUCCUUCCUUUAACGACAUCAAGCUGCCAGACUAUUUAGAGAAGUACCUCCCUCGAGAACCAAAACCAGUGCAGAGCAAACAAGGACAAGAGCAAGUCAGAACAGAGGCUGCUGGGAAAAUGACAACUCCAACCCCUGUAGUGGAAAGAGAUAGGGCUAUGAAACCAGUUCCAGUUCUUCCUGAUGCUAAGCCUCCACGUUUUCCUGAGAUCUCUCCACCCACACACUCCACACUGACUGAGCUCAAGCAGCGUCCAGCUCAGCCACAGGGAAUACUUAAUAACAUUACAAGAACUGCCAGGGGAUUUCACAAGCGCCCUGGAAAGAUGGUGUUGUUUGAGAAAGCUCAGUGCAGCGGCCAGGCGUUUGAGAUUUACAGGGAUGUAGCAGAUGCUACGUCUCUGCAGCUCUCGCCUCACAUAUCUGUCAAGGUGGUUAGAGGAUGCUGGGUGCUCCACGAGAAGCCAGACUAUCAGGGACGCUGCAUCGCCUUAGAGGAAGGUGACAUUGAAUUGACAAACUUGUGGGCAGAAUCUCUGCCAGGAGCCGAACCACAGAACAGCCCACCAAUGCGUAUUGGAUCUAUUAGACUGGCUGUCUGGGAUUACAACAUCCCCCAUAUUGAUCUGUUUACUGAACCAGAGGGCCGAGGCAGAGUAACACCUUACCACGAUGACACCUUUGAGACGGGCUCGUUUGGCAUCCCGCUGAACACCGCUUCUAUCCAAGUGCACUCCGGGGUGUGGCUGGUGUUCAGUGACCCUGGCUUUCAGGGCAUGGUAGGAGUGCUGGAGACAGGAGUGUUUCCUUUCCCUGAGACCUGGGGCUUCCAAUCACCAUUUGUCGGAUCUAUUAGACCAUUAAAAAUUGGUGGUUUCAAAGUGGAAAAUCCCAAUGAAGUCAAGGCUAUGGUGUAUGACGAGCCUGGCUUUCAGGGCUCCUGUUUGGAAGCCGACAGUGAUGUUUUCAGCUUUUGUGAGAGUGAAGGAGACGAUGCAACAGAUGGAGUAAACCCUGACUCAAAGGAAAUUACAUCUGCUGCUUCUUUAAAGAUCAUCGGAGGACUCUGGGUGGGCUACAGCCACCCUGGGUUUGAGGGCCAGCAGUACAUCCUGGAGGAGGGAGAGUACAUGGACUGCAGCGACUGGGGAGGCUCAGAACCGCUCCUGUCACUGAGACCAAUACUGUCUGACUUCCUGUCUCCACACUUAAAAAUGUUCAGCGACAGAAACUUCGGAGAUCUUGGCGUCAACAUUGACCUAUCAGUGCCGGUCAUCAACAUGGACGACACGGGCUACGGCGUGAAGACGCAGUCUAUUGAUGUCAUCGGCGGAGUAUGGGUUGUGUUUGAGGAGCCUGGCUUUUGUGGGGAGUCUUACAUCCUGGAAAAGGGACUGUAUGGAAGCCCGGAGGACUGGGGGGCGCUUCAGCCCAGAGUGGCCUCAGCAAUGCCUGUUGUGCUGGGUGAUUUUGAGAAUGCCGCCAAGUUUAAGGUGCAGCUUUUCUCUGAUCCUGGUUUCCAAGGGACUGUCCUUGCUCUGGAGGACAGCGUGGCCUCCCUGCAGGACGGCUCCACUGUGGCGUCGUGCAAGGUCCUGGCCGGCAGCUGGCUGGCAUUCGAGGGUCAGGAUUUCUCUGGGAGGAUGUACGUGUUAGAGGUGGGGAGCUACCCAGAUCUGAGAGCGAUGGGCUUUUUCAACACCAGCUCCUCCAUCCAGUCACUACAAAUUACUGGCUUUGAGUUCUCGCUGCCUGCCGUCACUGUUUUCGAGCGGGUUGGUCUGCGUGGGAAGAGAGUGGUGCUGACAGAUGGGUCGGUCAACCUUCAGCUGGAUGCAGGUUGCAGCAGAGUCCAGUCCGUGUUAGUGGAAGGAGGCAUGUGGGUGUUGUAUGAGGAAAUCAACUAUCGGGGCGCUCAGAUUUUGCUGAAACCUGGUGAGAUCCCUGACUGGCAUCAGUUCAGCAACUGGAGGAAAAUUGGCUCCCUCCGCCCUCUUCUUCAGAAACAAGUGCACUUCCGAAUAAGAAACAGACAGACAAGGCUCAUGAUGUCGCUCUCCGGAAAUUUGGAUGAUGUCAAACUGAUGCGGAUCCAAGAAACAGAGGAGACAGACGGGUUCGAGCAGAUCUGGCUCUAUCAGAACGGACAUCUUCACUGCAAGAUGCUGGAGGAGUGCUGCCUGAGCCCCAGUGGAAGUGUCACGAUGGCAGGAAGCCGAGUAGGUCUCAACCCAGAGCCACAAAACCACCUCUGGAGCAUCACACCUGAGGGCUUCAUCCGCUACACUCCAACCUCUGAUCUGGUCCUGGAGGUCAAAGGGGGUCAUAACUACGACAAAAACCAAGUGAUUCUCAACAAAAUCGAUCCUCAUAAACUGCAUCAAAGGUGGGACGUGGAGAUUAUAUGAACUCAUAUUUCGCUGCUGAACUGGAACCCAAACACUACAAGAGGCACACAUCUACGGCAUGCUCUGUAACGCAGCUGCUAAAGGACGACGCACGGCCGUGGAGAUGAUCGACCUCUGCUGCAGGAGGACAAAAAAAACAAAAAAAACAUCUCCAAUGGGGGAUCAAUAAAGAGAGCGGUGAUACAUCUGUAAGAAUGUCAAGCAAUCAACCAAACGUACGAAGAGUGAAAUCUGAUUUUAAAAACCUCAUAUUUUACACUUUACUAGGAAAAUGUGUACUGAGUUUUAGUUUUGACAUUUUAAAAUCUGUUUGCCUGAUGUUAAUUUACUUGAACAGUGUUAACACUUUUUCAUAUAUUUGUAUUAUAUAUAUAUUACUCUAUAUUACUCUCGAGCUGCAUGCAACACGACGAUGCAAAAAAAGUGUCUCUUGAAACAUGUUUUUUUUUCCUUUUGUUUAAUCAAAAACUAGACAGCACACGAUUCCUCUGUUUUCAGAAUAAUAAAAGUAUUUUUGUCAAUAAAUCUCUUAAAUAGA